AUGCAGAGGCAAGCAGGCCGCAGGCACUCGGGCGGUGAGGGCAGAGGAGGCGACGAAUGGACGAAGAGGCCAGGACGCGGUCACGCGGGAGGGAGAGGAAAAGGACGCUGCACGGGCGGCCGCCGUCUCCCAGCUAUUGGAUCCGAACCAGCCCGAGGCAGGCAGCACACCACCACCGCUGGCCCGCUGCAGGUCGACUGGUCGAGCUCCGGCGGCCGGCGGGAUCCUGGUGGCUGGCGGCAGCUAGCGCGGACGGGCGGACGGCUCGGCGGGACGGGCGGACGGCUCGGCGGGACGGGCGGACGGCUCGGCGGGACGGGCGGACGGCUCGGCGGGACGGGCUACGGGCAGGGGCAGGCGCAGCCGGGCAGGAGUCAGGACGGCAUGGAGGUGCGGGCGCCUGGGGGCUGCGACGCCGGCGGGCGGCGGUCUGGACUCUGGCGGUGGCGGCUGGGGAUUGCGGAUUGGGGAAUUGCUGGCUUGCUGCUGUGCUGCAACUGCAAUGCGGACGGAACGGAUGGCCGGAUGGGGUCACGGGCGGACGGGCCGGCUAGGGUUACGAGUGGUGCCUUCGUGGGCUACUGA